AUGGACUACGCCAGUCUUCUUUCGCUUUUGGAAACAAACAACUUCAAUGUGGGGGGCUUUGACAAAAUGAUACAGCCGCCGCUGCUGCGGUCGCUCGAUUUCCAUUUCGACGUGGUUCUCGAGAACCAGCGGGGCCUAAAGAUUCUCGGUAUCCCGCUCUUCAGCCGCCAAUCGCUAAUGCCGUGCAUAGAUCCGCCGCCUUAUCAGCAUUUGGACGGUCUGCCUGUUUUGCUAGCAUACGACUCGAUCGAUAACUAUGCCUUGCCCGAUUUCGGCUGGAGCUGGCUGUGGGACACGUGGCAUGUGCUUAUGCUAAACGAUGUGGAUGAGCUGGGCUGGGCCUAUCUGUUGCUUUUCCUGCGGUCGCUAAAGUGGCACGGCAAGUACUAUUUUGGAGACUUUGUUCGGCGCCGUAUGUGGAUCCGCAUGCGCCAGAGAGACCAUGUGGAGCUGGAUCUCGAAACAGAGCACCUGCUGUAUGUGGAUGCUACCGGUGAAGAAGAGAGAGGAAAAAAUCCUCACGCACAGCCAAGCGAGCCUGCUGGUACAACUGUUGGUGCAAUUGUCAUCGAGUAG